AUGUCAACAAUCAGCUUUUCAGGAAUAGCCAUACCCCGCCUAUGCUUCGGAGUGGGAACCCUCAUGAAGUGGGCACCUGGCCACACUCAUCCACUUCCUACGGACAGCAGCGUCGAAAUUCAACAAGCGAUCGACGCGGGGUUCCGUCACUUCAACACUGGUGAUAUCUACACCAACAAUGACAGCUUUGCCGAAGUCCUCCGCCACAGCAAUCUCAAACGCUCCGAGAUCUUCCUAUCCCUUAAGAUCAACACCUACGCAUCCCUAGGAUGUCGAGGCCGCGAUCACAUGAUCCAGGCCGUAGAGCAGGAGAUUGAGCGGUUUGGGAUACUAGAGGGCUAUGUCGACAUCCUGCAGCUGCACUUCCCGCCCCGCGGUUAUGAUGGGAACAUGACCAAUCGCGAUGCAUGGCGUGUGCUGGAAGAUCUCAAGGAUCAGGGAGUUGCUCGCAUUAUUGGUGUGUCGAAUUGGACUUUGCCCGAUUACCAUGACAUCUUCAACGCCAGCGACCUCAAGCACCCUCCACAGCUCAACGAAUACGAGUUCAAUCCGUUCUUGCUGUCUGAUCCCAAGGUCCGGCAACUCCGCGAGUUCGAAGUCGAGCACAACAUUGUCCCAAUGAACUAUGGCCUUUUGACAGCCGUCAGCGGCCGCUUGCCCACUAAAGACAGCACAGCGCUGUUGCAGAAGUUGGAAGAGCAAUCAAAGCAAACGAGGCUGUCGACGGCUGAUCUGCUGCUCAGCUGGGCAUACUACCGGCUUGAUGGCAUUGUCGUGACAUCUACAUCGAAGGCAGACCGAGCUAGAAAGACCUUCGAGCUCCUUUCUGCUAAGCAAGCGCCUGUUAACGGUCAGAUCUACGUGGAGAUGGAGAAGGCGGCAACGCUAGAUGGUCCUGAAGAGUUCAACUACCCCACCGCCACUUACCAUGAGAGUUUCGGCACCCCACCACAUCCUGCAACGUCACUAGUGUUUCCCCAGGCCCUCAUUCCCCAAGAGCCGUACAUUAUAAGCUUUGUCCACACUACGAAUUUCCAAACAAAGCAUCUCCAGGCGAAAAUUGUCAUGUCUCUUCUUGUGCUCUUUGGUUCUCUCGCACUCCUUGCCAUCGGCUGGCUGCUCAGCCACAUCCUGGCGUGUCUUUCACUCCCUGGAGCGUACGGGCCUGCCCUUGCCAGAUGGACUGAUGCAUGGUACAUCUGGAAAAUAUGGCAGGGCAAGUAUGAGGCGUACGACAUUGAAGCACAUAAGAAUGGCUCCAGGAAAGUCGUUCGCAUCGGGCCUCGCAUGUACAGCAUUGACGACCCGGCCAUGGCUCGCGUAAUCUAUGGCAUCGCAUCUCCCUUGCCAAAAAGCGGAUGGUACGAUGCCUGGGGAGAUCCUCGCAUCCCGAACCACAAUCUCUUCAGCGCGCGCGAUCGCGCCGUGCAUGGCCUCAUGCGCCGCAAAGUCGCCAGCAUGUACUCCAUGUCGACAAUCAAGUCCUACGAGCCCUAUGUUGACAGCUGUGUUGCGCUUCUUCUGAAGCGUUUCGACGAGUUCGCCGAAAGCGGAGAGGCGUUUGACUUGCAGCAGUGGAUGCAGUGCUAUGCAUUUGAUGUGAUUGGUGAGAUCACGUUCGGCAGACGAGUAGGUUUCUUGGAAUCUGGCGGACAAGAUAUUGACGGCAUUAUGAGAGGUCUAGAAGACGCCAACGCGUUCUCGACGUUCUCGGGCGUCAACGCCGUCUUGUUGCCCAUACUUCUCGUCCUUUAUGGUAACCCUGUUCGUGGUAUCGCAAGUUUUGCGCGAGAGCUCCAAUCCGAGAGCGAUGAUGUUGACAUCAAGGAAAGGCAUGGCGGAGAGACCUUCCUGACAAAAGUUCAACGACUGCAGAAGGAAGACCCGGAGCAAUACGAAAGAUUUCGUGUUCGAACGCUUACUUUGACAGGAAACGUUGCAGCUGGAAGUGAUAAUAUUUCUCUAACCAGUGCGAUGUACCAUCUUCUCACCACAAAUGGUGUCGUAAAGAGCAUGUACGAAGAGCUCGAUUCCCAAGGCUUCUGCUCUAGCCUCGAUGAACACGUCACUUUUGACCAAGCCCAGCAACUUCCGUACCUCCAGAUGGUCAUCAAAGAAGCCCUGCGACUCCAUCCAGCCGUCGGCUUGCCCAUGUGGCGCGAGGUCGUAGGGUCUGGUCUGGACAUCGAUGGAACCCAUUUUCCGCCUGGGACACUAGUCGGUAUCAAUCCCUGGGUAGCGCACCGGAACGCAAAAGUCUUUGGCGCAAACGCCGCAGACUUCAUACCAGAACGGUGGGAUCCCCAACACGCCUCCUCGGAGAAGUUAGCGGCCAUGGAACAGUACUACCUGCCUUUCGGAGCGGGCGCGAGAACCUGCAUAGGGAAGCAUAUAUCAAGCCUGGAGAUAGUGAAGUUGAUCCCAGAGCUAGUCAGGCGGUAUGAUUUUAAGUGUCUCAGUAGGGAAUUGAAGACUGUUAAGUGGUUUGUAAAGCCACAGAAAGUACUCUUUAGUGUCAGGCGGAGAGGACUUAGAUCUUGA